AUGCUGGCAUCGGCUCAUUCUUCUGGCCUUGACACCGCCAUGUCCUGUGUCAAGGAAGAAACUCGAGGAUUUAUCAAACUUGCUGGAACUGUCACCACUGUUCUCGAGUUUUUUCAAUUCGCCAUCAACAAUAUUCUUUACCAACGAGGUCUUUAUCCUCCUGAAUCAUUCACUACUGUCAAGAAAUACAAUUUACAUCUGUUGAUUGCUACUGACAACGCCAUCAAAGCAUAUCUAGAUCAGAUCAUGCACCAGCUUCAAUGCUGGAUUUCUGCAAAAACAAUUAGUAAACUCGUCAUGGUGAUUUCAACUAAAAGCACUGGAGAAAUACUUGAAAGAUGGCAGUUUGAUGUGAAUCUUCAUCAGCACUGUAUAUCCAACCAGAAACCAGUUUCUGAAACAACCCUCACAACUGAAAAACAAACAAAUGCUGAGAUUGCUGCUAUUAUGCGUCAAAUUACUGCUAGUGUUUCGUUUCUUCCUAUACUCGACGAUCCUUGCACGUUUAAUAUUCUCGUGUAUACUGAUAAAAAUGCAUUGGUACCACCUACAUGGGUUGAUUCGGAUCCUAAGCUUAUUUCUCACAAUGCUGAACAAGUCAAACUGAGAUCUUUUAGUACAGCUAUGCACAAGAUUGAUGGUUUGGUUGCUUACAAACUCACUGAAUAA